AUGGCAUUCAGCUUUGGCUUCGCGGGCGAUGACAUUGAUAUUGAUGAUACUGAUGUCAAUGAUACCCAAGAUGCUUUUGUUUCGACGGGUAUUAGCAACUCGCUUCCUGAGCUGGUGAAGCCCUGUAAACAUAAUCUAGAUGAAUGGCUGUCGAUUCUUCCUUCGCAAAUAUUUUACAACCAGCUUGCAAUCAAUGGCACAUCUAUUGUCAUUGCGCGUCGAGAAAUCAUCGACAUCCGCACGCAGCUGAUGGCGGAGGAUACCGCAGAUCAUGAGAAUGAAGAACUAAUCGCCGGCCUGGAGAAGGGUGAUCUCAAGCCUAAUUUCUACGAGGGUGGCUUUAAGACCUGGGAGUGUUCCUUGGAUCUUGCGAAGCUUGUUGCCAAUGAAAAUAGCAUCAUAGAGUCGCUGGAUGAUUCACAGACAAACGUUCAUAUUAUCGAGCUUGGCUCAGGCACAGCCGUACCCUCAUUGACUCUGUUCGCUCAUAUUCUGAACAAAACAGAGUCUUCGGAGGGAGCUCCGCAACGAAAGAUCCUGUUCACCUGUGCGGACUACAAUGAUGCUGUCCUGCGCCUUGUCACGCUGCCAAAUCUACUGUUGACGUGGCACCACAUCCGCCAACAGUCUAAUGCAGUGACUGCAGAUCAAGAGCUCGCCCCGGUGCAACCGGAAGAGGAGCUUGACAUCACGCCUGAGCUGAUCGAAGAAUUCAAGAAUGAUCUCACUCGGCGCGGAGUUGUUCUCAACUUUAUCUCGGGUGCUUGGUCUCCCGAGUUUGUUGGUAUGGUUUUCGAGGCAUGUGAGUCGCAGGACUUCAAGACGGUGUUGCUUGCUAGCGAGACUAUUUACUCUCCAGCGUCGUUGAAGGCUUUCUCCGAGACACUUGUCGAAUUAUUGCGCCGCUCGAGCACAUCUUCUGCGAAGAGCCGCGCUAUGAUUGCAGCCAAGAAAGUUUAUUUCGGAGUUGGAGGUGGUGUAGAUGAGUUUCUUGCGGUACUCAAGGACGUCUCUGCAAGCGAACUAGCAGUUGAACAGAGACUAGAUGUGCAGUCGGAGGGUGUCGGCAGGGUGGUGUUAGAGGUCACACCUGCCAAUUAA